CUGGGGAAACAUCCGAGACACAGAAGACACUAAGCUCAAAGGGAAUCUUAAAAUGGGUGUCUUCACGGUUUCCCUGAUGAGAAAACGUUUGUAAUUGGAGUUUUCUGGUAACAAAGCAUUCAACGAUUUAGUCUAAUUUGCAUGUUAUAGGAAUGUUGAGAGUACAUAGUUUUAUACUAGUGAAACCCUUGUUCUUUGACAUUGAAAUUUGUUAAACGAGAAAUCUCUAUCCUUUAUUUUGAUGGGUGAUUGAUGUAGAGUUAAGGAAAUAUGUACAAUCUCAGUUUCUAAACAAGUGAGCUACUCGUCAUUUUUCCUUUAUGAUAUAUAGUUUCAUCUAGAAUAUCUGUGUAAAUUUAGUAAACAGAUGGUGAACUAAACUUUUGGGUUCUCUUCCUGCUACGGAAGCUAUUUAAUUGUUCCUGCAUCAGGCGUUUGUUAGUGUUAAUAGUCAGAUUCUAUGAAGAAAAAGUCAUCCAAAGAAGGUUACAUGGGUUGAUGAGAUAUCUGAAAUGAAAUUCUAGAAUUGUGAACCCCCUUGUAGCUUGUAUAUGUCUACUAAUCACAGGAGUUCCAGUUGAAUACUUGGAACCAGGCACAAUAGAUUUCACAAUUCAUCUGGCUAUUACUGCACUCGUUUAUCCUGCAUCGAAUGGUGGGUUAGCUUGUGUUAAUGCGUAGACAAUUCUUUCUUGAACUCCAGGUUUUAUUUUAUAUUGCUUGAUAUCACUUGAAAAUUCCUAUGGGGAAUUUACUUUAUGGAUUUACAAAGUUAUGUAUUGCUUACAAUCUCCUGGUACUGACGUCCUUUCUUGGACUUUUGAAUGAUGCCUGCUUAUGAAUAAUGGAUUUCUUUUAGAAUUUAUUCGAACUUCAUCACGGAAAUGCUGUGCAAAGCAUGACGGUCCAUUGGUUGUGGCUUGAAGACGCUCUUGCUGCCUUCUUCUUUGAUGACUCUAUCAAAGGCGUAAACCACUAUUAGCAGUAUAAGUUUUCAUUCACUUUAAUUAGUUUCUAAUUUAAGGUUUUCAAAAUUUAAUUUCAUGUUCAUAAUUAGGUCCAUGAAUACUUACAUCUUUAUUUGGAAGCCUUAAUCAAGUCAAAGGAAAUCCCUUUGUGAUUUUUCAUCGAGGGAAUGUUUGACAAUUGGCACAUUGCAUGGCACGGAAAAUUAAUGCAGAUUCUUCCUUCGCUUUCCCAUAAACGUCGUUCUCACUUAGUAUCCUACCACAAGUUUUCUUCCUUCUUCACUUUUUUAUUCAAUUUCCCCUGACCAUGGGUUACAAGAGGCACCCAAAGAAGAGAAAUGUUGAUCCUUCUUCUCGUGAGAUGAUUUAUAAUAAAAGCAGGGAAACCAUUCUCAAGAAGGCCGCUGAAUUAUGUGAUUUUGAUGAUACUGAUGUUGGCCUUCUGAUGUUUUCUCCUACAGGUGAAUUGACCAGCUAUGCUAACAAGGGAAGGGUUGAGGAUAUGUUUCUUCGUUAUAUUGAACAGCGUGAUGAUUUUGAUGGACCUCUUGAAAAUGAAGAGUUCUUAUGCCAAGGCCUGAAGCAUUUGAAGUUCGAAGCUGAAAUGAUGGAAAGAAUGGAUCGGUGUGAUGCUCUUGAGAGUAGACUCAAUGAACUCAACCGGCUAAAAUACGAAGCUGAAGAGAAGAUGAGGUUUUAUAAACCAGAUGUGUCAAAGAUCCACUCAGAGGCAGAAGCUCAUUACCACCAGCAAUUUCUUACCCAUGCACUUCGAAAAAUUGAAAUGCUGAAAAUGACGAAGCUGCUUGAGGAAGAGGCUUCACCUCCGAACCGCACUUGUGAUGGGGCUUCAACGACAAGCGGAUUUGGCAGUUCUUAAGAGGUUCAAUGGCUGUAAAAGCCUUUUUAUGGUUCUUAGAAACACAAAAUAAGGCGUUAGCGAUUCCAGCCGCCAUUAGGCAAGCAGUUGUUUCCUUAGAGCUUAAGCCCCUUUAUCCUUAGAAUUUCAUUAAAUGUACUGAAAAAAAUACACCUUUCACAACUCCGGCGACUAGUGUGCCCCUUGACUCAAGUUUCAAACUUUG